CCUGGGCCCUGGGGACCCCCUCGCCCUCCGGCGUUACCCACUUCCGUCUUGAUCUUGCCCCUCGGUGGAGGACAUAAAAUCGCCGUGUAAAACCGUGUCCGUCCUUUCUGUCACUUACUGGCGGCGCUUCCUCUUUGCAAAACUAAAAUGAGGCAACUGUGCAACUCGAAAGCCAGCUCACGGCCUUCCGACUCUUUAGCGACCCUGUAGACCGAGUGGAAACGACAAACAUCCGUAAUAGCAGCCAAAGAAAUUCAGUGGCCCAGGGGAAAAUUAUUCUCUGGCCUGAAUCCUGCACCUACCUUGUUGAAGAAAAGAUUAAGGAACCAUGACCGGAGGAUCUCAAGUCCACCUUUUUUGGGGUGCUCCAACUCACCCACUGAAAAUGACAGUGUCGCAUGAGCCGGCUCCUUCCGUAUCCACUACUCACCCCUGGGGAAAGGUGCAGCUGUUGUACAGUCAGCAUGCUAUACAUCUGAAGGAUGAAGAAUACAGGCAGAAAACCCUUGAAAGUCAUCCAGCCCUAGACAGCAUUGGCUCUCCAGGUCUUAAUAGUCAUUGUCCAGUGCACUCUAGGGAAAGAUCUGUUCAUUUGGAAGCUGACUUAGUAUGUUGUGUUUCUGAGACACAGAAUAUAAAUUCCCAGAAGAGUCUGCCCUCAGGGAUGAAUGAAGUAGUGGACUCCAGUGUUCGAGUAUGUGGGUUUAGAAACAGAAUUCAGCAUUUAACUGGAGAAGAAAAGAACCAAAGGCUUGUUGUUGGAAAUAAGAAAAUUACAGUUGAACAACAUGAAGAUCUGCCCAAUAUAUGUACUCCAAACUUACAAAGAGCAAACUUCCCAUUAGAUCAUAACAGUAUAUUAGAUUCAAUGUGUUCUACCAAACAAAUCAACAUAGGAUCGGAAGCUUUAGAAUCAACCUGUGUGUCAAGAACACCUCAUGAAGUGCAAAAUCCGUGUCUGGAAUUCUCCAAGAUGGCUGAUAAGCCAAGUUCUAAAGAAAUAGUUAUGAAGGAUUCAGACCUUAACUUAUCUACUGAUACUGAAUUUCUCAGUAUAUUGACCUCCAGCCAGGUGGCUUUUUUAGCUCAGAGGAAGCAUAAAGGGAAGAAUUCUCUAAAUAAAAGGGCCAUAAACACAGAGAUUGGACCAAAGGCAAGUCGUGAGGAAAUAGUAACCAAAAAUAAUUUGGUUUGGCCUGGUGAUACCUUUACAGAAGGUGAAAGUGGACAAAAUGAAGCAUAUUCACUUGAACUUUUUAGCCCAGUUUGUCAGGAAAAAAACAGUAGCCAUGAUGUCAUAAACCCUAAUACAGAUCUUGAAGGAAUUAUAAGAUCGCAACAACUUUUCCGUUCUGAAGAAAAGCUGCUGCCAAAUGAGAUCUGUAUUGAGUCGUAUAGUUCAGGAAUACUGUGCUCCCAGCUCAAUACUUUUCAUAAAAGUCCUAUUAAAAGAAGUCGGGCCACUGAAGAUCUACCAGGCCACUCUGAAGCUCCUUCUAAAGUCCUCCAAGUAUCUAAGAAAACUAAGCUUCUUUCUAACGCAAGAGCUCUUCCUGUAGCACUGGACCAGAGGAGUGUGCCUCACUAUGCGCUUCUUAAAAAAACAGCGUUAAUAAAAGAUUGUGAUUGUAAAGACCAAAAAUAUAAUUGCUUGGUCAUGGUGUUAUCUCUGUGUCAUGUGAAAGAAAUAAACAUAAAAUCAGGACCAAAUUCUGGCUCUAAAGUACCUUUGGCAACAAUGACGGUCAUUGAUCAAUCGGAAAUUAAGAAGAAGGUUUCCCUGUGGCGGACGACAGCAUUUUGGGCCCUUACAGUGUUUCCUGGAGACAUCAUUUUUCUCACAGAUGUCACUAUUCAUGAGGAUCAGUGGAUUGGUGAGACAGUACUACAAUCAACAUUUACUAGUCAACUAUUAAAUCUUGGGAAUUAUUCAUCUGUCCAGCCUGAAGAAUAUUCCAGUGUAUUUAGUGCUGUUGCCCUUCAGGACUUACUGGCGUAUGUGUCUUCAAAGCACUCCUGCCUCAGAGACCUUCCAGAGAGGCAGCCUCAGAAAGUGAGCAAUGUAGAAUUUGUAGAACUGGAGCACCUUCAGCCUGAAACCUUGGUCCACGCAGCACUGAAAGUUGUUGACAUCACUAUACUGACAGCAUUAUACAAUUAUAGAGGGCAGAAGCAAAGGAAAGUUAUGUUAACAGUGGAACAGACCCAAGGUCAACAUUAUGUGCUUGUUUUAUGGGGUCCUGGAGCAACCUGGUACCCUCAACUUCAAAGGAAAAAAGAUUAUAUCUGGGAAUUUAAAUACCUUUUUGUUCAACGCAAUUGCAUAUCCGGAAACUUAGAAUUGCAUACAACGCCUUGGUCAUCCUAUGAGUGCCUGUUUGAUGAUGAGAUACGGGCAAUUGAAUUUAAAGCAAAAUUUCAAAAAAGUUUGCCAUCCUUGGUGAAGAUAUCAGACUUGGCAACACACCUAGCGGACAAGUGUUCAGGAGUGGUGCUGGUCAGUGCCCAGAUUUUGGAGCUCGUGUUUCCUAUCACAGCAACCCAGGAGCAGCAGAUCGCCCUGAAUGCUCAGAGUUCUCUGAAGAGUAUUUUCGCGUCUGUUCCCAACAUCACAUAUACUGGCUGUGCAGAGUGUGGAUGCGAACUAGAAACUGAUGAGAACAGGAUCUACAAACAGUGUUUAAGCUGCUUGCCAUUUACUCUGAAGAAGAUAUAUUAUAGGCCAGCUUUAAUGACUGUAACUGAUGGGAACUCUCGUGUUUGUAUUCAAGUGGGAUCACAGCUGAUGGAGAAGAUCCUCCUCAACAUCUCUCCCGAAUGCCUCAACAGAAUCAUAGUACCUUCCUCAGGCAUCACCUAUGGGAUGGUGGCAGCAGACUUGCUCCACGCCUUGUUGGCACUCAGCGGAGCGCCUUGCCUGCUGAAAAUUCAGAGCCUUUUUGUGUUAGACGAAAACAGCUACCCACUGCAACAAGAUUUCUACCUCUUGGACUUUUAUCUUGACAGUGUCAAGCACUGUUCCACACCCUGAGAUCGGCUGAAGAAAUUGUGGGCAAUUCAAGAAAGCCUGUCCUGAAAGGAUUUGACUUUGAAAUAAAUGUAUGACAAGACAAUGAAUUUUACAAAUAGAAUUGUACUAAGUAUAUAAAUUAAAACUUAUUUCUCUAA